AUGACUGAUAUCUCGUUAAAAGUUGAGGAUGUCGCUGAAAAAGACGACAUAUCCACCACUUCUGGCGGGAUUGAAAGUGUUAGUCUCGCUUGGCAAGACUUGACAUACACAAUUACAGAUCCAAAAUUAAAAGUGAAACAUCAUAUUAUUGAAGGUGUAAGCGGUUUCGUGAAACCCGGUGAAGUUAUGGCUA